AUGAUGAGUUUUGAUUUACAGCAUUUUCUCCACAAGAAAUUAUCCGAGGACAAAACGUCUACAAAGUAUGAAAGUCUAGAUAAAAGUGAUAUCUAUCAUAUAGAUACAAGUGCCUUUUCAGAUGACAGUGCUCAAAUGCCAUAUUUUGAAAAUACCGAACACAAGUCUUCGAUACCUGACAAAAACAAAAUUUUGUCUCAAGACGCCGCAGAAUCGAAUCAAAAUUGGAAAAACAAAACAAAUAAUUUAACACACGAUAAUCAAUAUGUUUUAUAUGAAAUUGGAAAUGCUGAACUUUGGUACAAAUCUCAAAUAGAAGUUUACGAGAAGAUGACACUGGAAGGGAAAAUAAUGUGGAAUGAUUUGACUAAACGUGAAAUCGCAAGUGUUAGCACUUUAGAUCCUCUAUGGAAAAACCAAGAUGUGAGUGUACGUUAUCUUACCAAGGAUGUCGUGAAAAGAGAAGAUUUCGACUUGCCUUCCGGUGGACUGUGUUUGGUCCUACCAUUAAACUAUGCGCGAGAAAAUAUACUUCCAAAGGAUAUAAAUAUUAAUAAUAAUGGUGAAUUCAUAAUAGUGCCAAUCAGUGAUGUUAUUGUUGUCAAAUCAAAACAAGAAGGUUUGAAAGACUUAAAUCUCACAGAUAUUAAAAGAAAGCAGCGUCACGUGGUUAUAGAAACCGCUAGAACAUUGAUGAUUGGCAAUAUGGCGGAUCUUAACAUAAUGCAGCAUGGAGAUGAAGGAUUUAUGAAAUUACCACUAAAAACUGGUCAUUGCACGCAAAUGGAUUUGGAAGUUAAGGCGGAUGAGAACAAACUUAUAAUUCCAGGGUCUUCGGCAAGAUUGACAUCUGUUGUAUCUGACACACGUGAUGUGCGAUCUGUCAUCAACCUGCAAGUGACAAAUACAGGACUAGCUCCAGCUUUUUUCAGUGUCGUACCCCGGGAAUGCACGCCGCGCAUAUCAGAAGGGUUCGAAGAGUCAUCUAAUACUAACAACACUUUAAUCCCACCAAUGCAUACAAAUAUCUUUAUUAUGGAACUACCCUUAGAGAUAUCUCACGAUGACUAUCGUUGUUCAAUUGCAUUGCUCAAUGGAGACGGAGUAGCAGUCGCAACAAGAGACGUAGCUAUUAAAAAGAACGAUCGCUGUUUUUGCGUUUGGCACUGCGAUUGCGUUUGUUUAGGUGACGAUCCAAAAUUAAUAUGCCGUGAUAUGUCUGAAGUGGAUGUUUUAGCAGCUGGUUUUUCUCCUCAUGAAGGGAAAAGACGCGUGCGUUCGGCCUGCUAUCCUGAUGAUGUGACAAUUAACAUGUUUAUCAUCGUUAUUGGCGUUUUAUUUUUAUUAUUUCUGUUUGGGUUAUUAAAAGCUUGUAUUGGGAUAAUACUGCCAUGUGUUGGCUUAAUGGGAAUGGAGUGUAUACUAAAGAUACCACGAAAGCUGGACCAGUACUAUGAAAGUUCUUUGAGAGGCCGACCUGUGGUUUAUGAUAAGGAGGGGUGGCCUGUUCAUCCAGACACCAAAAAGAGAACAGUGCGUCUUGUCAGCAAGCCAAUGGAGUUCAUAUUAAACGUGAUUAUGUUUAUUAUUUUGCCGUGUAUACUCUUACGGGAUGCAGUAAUGCAAAUGAUAAAUAAAUGUAAAACGGAGGAAAACUUUCGGGGAAAGUUCCAAAAUACGAAGAAAUGUUUCAGCAGUAGAGACAGUCAGAACGUGGAGCCAAGAUGGCGGAGACGUAAGGGUGACAUGAGGAAAUGGAUGACACCUCAGGCUGAAGCACUAAGUGCGGACAUUUGGGACUACGGUCUAUCUCCAACGGGCGACAAGAAAUGCGAUUGUAGACAACCACUCCUCAACGACAUCACCAGGAACAAGGAGAAACACCAGGAGCAAGUACUCCACGAUUCCGAACAAGAUGACACGGCUUACGUCUUAACACAAAUACAGAAGAGUAAAGAGUCAUUGAAAAAUUAG